AUGGCUUAUGAAGACACAGACAAGCAAUUCAAAGAGUCCGCCAACAACUCAAUCACACUAUCUGUCCAAAAACAGUCUUCCCAAAUCUUCUUCUCUGUCGUUAAAAAGCCAUCAACAAUAUCAGCCCAAAUACCUUUCCAUAUUCAGGAGGAAAUUAUGAGAAGGCUUCCCGUGAAAUCAUUGGUUCAGUUUAGAAGUGUGUCAAAAAGAUGGAAGUCUUUAAUCGACAGUUCUGAGUUUAUUGCUGCUCACAGUCUCUACAGCCACACUCAACAUCAACAUCUACUUGUAUCGCAUCUAGAUGUGUCACAAGAGGAAGACCAUGUCCUCUUCUGCCAAAGUUAUACUGAUGAUGACACUUUCCCCAAACAUAGGUCUGACCUGACUCUUCCUCCUCUGUUUGCCCAAAGAAAUUUUCAUCCAAGAGUAAUUGGUAGCUCUCAUGGCUUGUUGUUCUUGUACAACCCUGCUCAUGAAUGUACACGUGGGAUGGUUGUUAUUUGGAAUCCUUCUAUCAGAAAAUCAAUUGUUGUUGAUGUGCCUGCCAACCUAGAUGGUGUUGGUGUUGGGCAAAGUCUCGUCUACCCGUUUCUUACACCUGCUCUUCCCCAACACCAUCACCGUCCUAUACGCCGUCACUAUCCACCACCACCACCCUGGUCUGCCUUCUCAGUUAACGACCUUUUUCGGUGGAAACAUGAGCCUUUCACAAUCGCCACUACACAAUCUUUCCAAUCAAAUCAGAUGAUGUUCAAUCAAUUUUGA